UCUAGGAGAGGGGCGUUGGAUAUUCUCAGAUUACCGACGGCUCGUGUGAGGCGCGCGCAUAACGCAAGACUCACUCGAUCGACCGCCACAGAAGACGCUGCUGAUGCCUUUGGCGACGCCCCGUGCGACACGAGACUGAAGGCAGAUUCACCAGGCAAGACACAAGAGGCCGACAGCGCGACCGUUUACUGUACGAGCGAAUGACGCCGAGGGCCACACCGCCGGCAGCGGCGGCGAGGGCGGGGGCGGGGGCGGUAACAGCAGCAGCAGCAGCCGCCGCUGAUCUGACAGAUGGAGGGAGAUGGACGAAGAGAAGGGGGAGGAGGGGGAAAAGAGGGCAAGCAGCAAGGGUAACAACGGCUGUUUCGACGAUUCUCGUUGCUUCGUAUCUCGUCGUCAAUGGAGCCGUACUCACACAUGGCGCAGCCCUCUCAUCGCGGUUCACCGACGACUGCGCCCAGGCACAGGCGCAGAGAUGUACUGGGGAAGGUACAUCGAUGGACAAUUGGGAGGAAAAGUGGCAAGGCGCGUCUGUUGUCUUGGGAGGAGGAGCUGGAGAGGUGCAGAAGGCGCUCGCAGAUGUCGACGAUCGGUUACCGACCUAUCCUCUACAGACGACAACGCGAGCAGCGGUCAGUCCGAUGGCUACGCCGGACAGUGGGCCGUUCCAACGACGAUCCACACCAUCAACGGCGCCGCAAGAGCGAGCGACAUUGUCACGGAGAGCCUAUCAAGUCUACACCUCGGGAAAGGCACUGGCGGUUCCGUCGAGCUAUGUGUCUAGCAUCGCCUCGUCGUGGGAUCCUGGCUCGCGCAGUAUCUGGUUCCAGCGCAAGGCCGUCAUCAUCACGUCAAUCUUUCUUGCCAUCUUCAUCGUUCUUGCCAUCGGCGCAGCCGUAUUCUUGAGAGAUCGAAGGGAGGACGAUGAGCUGCUGGAGGAGGAGCUCGAUGUGAGCGACGAGGCGGCACUGCAGCGCAUGCGAGAAGAAAGGAGGAUGCGAACAGCGAAUAAAGACAAUGAUGGUGGAUCGAGUGAGAAGAAGAGGAGAAAGAAGAGGAGGAAACAAGAAGGGACACAAGACGGUCAGGAGGAAAAGUCUGCGGCAGGAGGAGGUGCAAGAUCGAGCGCUUUGAACGCCAAAGUUGCUUCGAGGUGGGCAAGAAUACCGUUGAGGAGGAAGAAGAAGAAGUCAAGAAGCAGCGACGAGACCGAGCCAGAGGUGGGCCUGGGCAUGCCACGGAGAAGCACAGAGACGAUCGAGGUACACAACGGAGUCGAGGCAAGCGGCUCCUCCGGCUCCUCCCAUCACCGAUCUGGCAACGAGGGCGAGACCUCAUCGUCGUCGAACCAUCACGACGAGCCGAGGUCAUCCGGAGGCGCCGGUAUGGGAGAUAAUGCAGAGUUGUCGGCAACCAUCGAAGAGGCAGAGCGUGCAGCGCAGCAUCGGGGAUCCACCACUGCCACGCAUGCAGUGGAUGGCGAAGCAUUCCCUCCAGCUUACAUCCCACGAUCUGGCAACGGAACAAAUGCUUCACCGCCGCCAAUGCAUCCGCUGGUGCAGAGGCCGCUCGCUGGAUCGGCGCGUGACGCGAUGCAGUCUCACGACGAUGAGAAGUCUCGUGCAGCAAUACGAGACGGGGUGUCCCUUGACGCUCCUCCCAGCAGGGCAGAAGAUGACGAUGUCUACACGCAACCGUCUAUCGCCGCAAGCAGGUCAUCCUUUCAGCCUCUUGUGCAGCCCAACUCGCCUACGGCCGCCAAUGAGAACAGGGACCGGUACGCUGCUCAUCUUGCCACGGACGACAAACAGCUCCUCGGCCAGAUUCAAAGUGCAGCAUCCAUGCCGUCCGCCUCGGCACCGAUCUAUUCGUCGUCUUCUGCCAAUCUCGGUCCAAGCAUGCCGGGGCCUAGCGCAGAAGAAGCAGACGAGGACAAUGCUGCAGGACCUGCCUCUUCCAUUGGGCCGUCGGCGCCUGACAUGCUCGACCAAGAAGGCUUUGAGAGGCUGGAUGGCGAAUUGGAUCGAGACGCUACAUCCUUGUCGCCACCGCGCGAUGCUGACCUGGCCGGUGAGCCAGUGCGCGAUGUCAAGGGCAAAGCCGCGGUGCAUUCCCAGGCCGAUCAAGGGACUUCUGCUGCAUCGUCCGCAUACAUGCUCCCUGCGCCGCCCACGCUGCAUCAACCGACGUUCUCACGCUUCGACAUGCCCUACGCGACCGAGUGGCAGAGGCCCUCGGCGCCCAGACCAUCGUCUCCUCUCGCGCCACAGGCUUCUUCGCCAUCGUCGACUGCAGAAGCGCAGCCGCCUUCUGCUCCUGUUGCCUCGGCACCUGCCCCGGAAGAAGAGGAGCGACGAGAAGGUCAGCAAUCGGAAAAGGCGCAAGAGGCCCUCGAAGAGCAACGGCGCGCGACGCUGGCAGUCGUCGGUAGUCGGCCCGGUCAGCGUGAUGACUUUGUCGAAGACGAAGAGCAGACCAUGGCCGACCACCUUCCUCGAUACGAACCCCAGCGUCACGUUGCGUCCGGAGCCGCUCCUAGUGCGCCGUCGCUCCCGGCCCCUUCUGCACCACCAGCACCCCCCGAAGAAGAAGAAUAAUCACUAGCGUUACCCAUAUUCUCUUGUAUCUUGUACCACUGCUCUACCUUACCCCAGCUUCCACCAUCGUUGAUCUUUGCUUCACGUCAUGGACACUACC